CAUUUGUUUUUGAAUAGAUAUUAUUCUACUUCGUUUAAGAACUUUGUAUUCUCUUGCAUUUCGUUAGUGUUUUGUUUCACGACGGAGUGUUUCUUUUUUUGGAUCAAGUUUGGCAAGCCCAUCGUGCAUUUAAUACCCCAUCUCUGCACUAGUGCUCAGUUGAAUCAGUUCUGAUUGCUUGUUUGGUUUCGUUUUCUAUUGCUUGAAUGGAGAUUUGGUCGAAGGCUGAUUGAAACAAAUGAGUUCCUCGUCGGGUUUCCACGCUGGUGUGCCUCCCAUGAAUGCCCAUGAUCGAAAUAGUCCGCUUAGCUCAUCUGAACCAAUCAGUGGAUCUACUAGUCCUCAUAUCCUCAAACCACAAGCGGUUCUUUCCCACAAACAACGGUCACUGUCGAUGAAUUCGGUGACAUCGAACCAUUCCAACUCAAAUCAUAAUCGGUCCAUGUCAAUAAUCAGCCUUGGUAGUCCUAGAAAUUCGAUAGUCUCAAUCGACGAUGGUAUUAUGAGAACCACUAGAAAUAAUAGUAAUACGUCUUUGGUUUCAUUACUGAAUAAUCAAUUCCCAGUGCCUCACCUUCCUAAUCAUGAAUUUGAUAAUCACAGUCAUAACCUCCAUCAUGGUCAUAAUCAUACUGAUCUUUUAUUUAACUCUCAUUCAUUCAACGUCCCUGAAAACUACAUCAUUGCAAAUCGAUUUCGUCAUCAGAAAAAUUCAAGUGCUAUUCUCUCUGAUGACGAUUCGGAAUCAGAAUCUUCCAAAGUAAUCACUUUGGGGAAAAACUCAACCCAAUUUAAUAAAGAUUUCUCCUUUAAUUAUAACAAUGCUCAUCCUGAUUCAAAUAAGGACUCUAAUCAGAAAACAGAGUCGGCGCCUUCCCCUUUAUCCUUGAAUGUUGAUGCUUUCGCCAAUUCAUUACCUCGUCCCAAUCUACUCAACCAUUCGUCAUCGUCCUCUUCUCCAACUUCAACCUCCAGCCCCAAACUUCCUACUACUACUCCUACAAAUCUCAAUAAAAAGAAAAAUUCUCCGUCAACAACGCCUUCACCGUCUCCACCAAAAGAUAAAUUAAAACUAUUGAAAAAGACAAAAGCUCCAAAUCCUCUCAAUUCUAAAAAUUUAAUUCAACAGUCUAUAUACCUGAAAAAAAAGAAGAUUUAUUCAAAAGAUUUACAAAUUGAAUUACUCUCAUCAGCCAACUCUCCACAUAAUCAAAACAUUGAUAAACAUUUGGAUAGCAAAUUCAUCGAUAUCAAACGCUCUCCAAAUUCAAACUCUCCGUUACUGCCAAGCUCAAAAUACCUGAUUUUAAAUUCAGUUUCAUCAAAUAAUCAAAAUAAUGAUCAGCCAGUAAUGAACACUUUAAAACAACAAAAUAAACUCAUUGUUCAAUUAAACCGUAAAUGGAAUAAAUCAAUCAUUGAAAAUUCCAAUCCUCCUUUGCAUCAUUCGAAGGCUGGUCCUUCGUCCUCAACUUUGAAAAAUUCAUCAACUUCAAUAACACCUGUGAGUCCUAGAAAGAGCAGAAAACGUUCUAGGCGUGAUUCUUUCUGCACUGAUGAAGAAGAUGAAAUCGCCGAUGCAGAAGACGUCCCUCAAGAUGUUAGCGAAGUUGAUAAAUUAAUAGCUCGUAAUAAUUGUGAUUAAUUGAUUCUUAAAUUUUCCUUUUUGUAUUAUUUUUAAUUUAUAUAAUUUAC